AUGAUGAUUGCUGUGGUCGUUCUAUUCACCCUGCUGACAACAGCCUCCGCACUGGAUGAUAUCUGUAAAUUAGACCUCGAAGUUGGACCAUGUCGAGCAGCAUUCAGAAGAUUCGGAUAUUCCACAACCGAAAAUAAAUGUAUAACGUUCAUCUAUGGUGGAUGCCGAGGCAAUGAUAACAAUUUCGAAACCGAAGAGGAGUGUAAACAAAAGUGUUCCCGAACAAACCAAGAAGAGGGUGCCUACCCUUGA